AUGUCAACAGUAGCAGCUCAGUCUACUACUAGCAAAGAUAACAGUAUACGAGUGACGAGGCCCAUUGCGUCUACCAGCAAAGACACAAAAUCCUACGUUCAUUUUGUAGCUGGAGGCGUCGGUGGUCUUGUUGGUGCAGUGUGUACCUCUCCACUAGAUGUAGUCAAAACUCGCCUACAGUCGACAUUUUAUCAACAAGGCAUAGAAAAGGGCAUAAAACACACAGGCUCUGUAUUGGGACACUUUAUCGAAACCGGCAAAUUAUUAGUACAAAUCAAGCAAAUUGAAGGAUUUCAAGGUUAUUUCAAGGGCCUUGGACCCAAUUUAAUCGGUGUAAUUCCUGCUAGAGCAAUCAACUUUUAUGCCUAUGGCAAUGGCAAGAAAUACUACAGCGAGUUGAACUAUGGCAAAGAGACAGCCAUUGUACAUCUGGCAUCUGCUGCGACAGCUGGUAUUAUAACCUCGACAGUGACAAACCCAAUUUGGGUGGUGAAAACAAGGUUGCAGUUACAAGGCAAAAAGAGAAUUUAUGCCAACAGUCUGGAUUGUGCGUGGAGCAUCUUUAGCAAGGAAGGCGUCAAAGGCCUAUACAAGGGCAUGAGCGCUUCCUAUUUGGGUGUUGCUGAAGGCACCAUUCAAUGGGUCAUUUACGAGAAUUUAAAGAAAAGAUGGGCUCAUUCACCUGCUCAAAUGGAGAAUAAGCUGACUGUGGGAGGUAAAAGUGCUCAAGCGUGGUUUGGCAAUCUUGGAGCUGCUGCUGUGGCAAAACUAGUGGCUGCCUGUGUCGCUUAUCCACAUGAAGUAAUCCGAACACGAUUGAGAGAGCCUGUGCCAAAAAAUGGCAUUGUUAAAUACACUGGUAUAUUGCAGACAUUGAAAUUGGUAGCUAAGGAAGAAGGUAUUGUUGCAUUAUAUGGUGGUAUGUCUGCUCAUUUAAUGCGUGUCGUGCCUAAUGCUGCUAUAAUGUUCUUUUGUUAUGAAGCUAUUUUACAUAGCUUUGGUUAG